ACAGUCUACGUUAGCAAAUAAAAUACUGAAGUGUUAAACAAUAGUACCUAUAGUUCUAUCAAUUUUACAGGUAUACGAAGUUAUAUUUAGAAGCUUUAAGAUUUUUGUAUCAGUUGUGAUCGUUUUAAGUUAAUGGGUAAUUCAAAUAGCAAUAGCACAAUGGUCGACCCGGUGAGAUUUGUGAGUUAUGAAGACAUGUUGAAGGUCAUUCACGAGCCCGAGAAAGUGAUAAUUGAUGUACGCAAUCCAGAUGAAAUUGAAUCAACUGGCAAAAUUCCUUCCAGUUUAAAUAUACCCUUAAACACUGUAUCCGACACUCUUGCGUCGAUGCCUGAUGAUGAAUUCCUGAAACAGUACCAACGACCAAAGCCGUCAGCAUCUGACGAGUUAAUUUUCUACUGCAAAUCCGGGAGACGUUCUCAAGAGGCCCUUGACAAAGCAUUGAAACUGGGAUUUUCAAACUCCAAGUCGUACUUAGGAAGUUGGGAGGACUGGUCAAGCAAGCAGAAGUAAACAAUCACUGGAGAAGACAACUUCAAUCGAUGAUCGAGAUCCAUCACCACUAUUAUCUUUUUACAGUUAUGCUAUAAUUUUAAGGCCUAAAAUAAAUAUUUGCGCAAAA